AUGCCCUCCGCCAACGACACCAACCCAACCGUUAUCGAACAACGCGCCGAACCGACAUCAGGGACUGGCAAUGAGGGGUAUACGGAUAGCGUCAAGGACCAAGCCAACUCGACAGAUAUGGGGAGUUCGUUGGCGGAUAUGGGGAAUAAUGCUAGUGCGAUGAUCGGAGAGUCAUUUAACGAAGUUAAGAAUAGAGUCGGUUCGAUAUCGCCGGGGAAGAUGGUGGAUGGGGUUCGGGAACGGAUUCAGUCGAUGACGAAUGGGAAUGGGGAUGGGAAUGGGGAUGGUGAGAAGAGUGAGCUGGCUGUGAAGCAAGAAGCACAGAACGCGCCGACCCAAGAAGAGAUCCAAAUAAUCGAGAAUAUGGAAAGGGAGAAGAUCGCAGAAUUCCUCCAGGAGAAACACAUGAGCAACGCCAACUUACGACGCGGGAAAUAA